AGCGAUGCGCUGAGAGCAGGGUAAAAUGGUGUUUAGCUAACCCUGAGCAAGAAUUUCUCACGUUUUAAUUCUGGUUAGCGUUGUUACAAGGAACAAUAUCUGUUGCAGGAAUAUGGAAAUCAACUCUUUACAACCAACUAGUUUGGCUUUAGUUAAAACAUUGGCUAGUUUUAGUCUAUUCAUACUAUCUGUAUCUUGUUUCUCAGACAGCCUGGCAUCAACCGAACUAAAUAGUUUGAAUAAUUUGUUGAAAGAACUCAAGUUAGAGGUAGAGACUUUACGAGAAGCCCGCCAUCAAGAUCAGAUCCUCAUUAAAACACUAGAGCAGCGACUUGACCAACUAGACAAAACGACAGUUUCGUCCGUAACCACUAUAACUCCUAGUUCAGGAUCCCCUAUUAUCACUCCAUUCUACUUCCAAGUACCCAAGGGGUCGGAACCUCAGGACAAUGAAAGACCUAAUCCUCGCCAUUACCACCAUUUUGAAGCUAGUCACAAACAUGGGACAGUAAGAAGCCUAGAGAAAGAACGUAGGAAUCUAGGUAGGCUAGAAAGUCAGUUAAAACAACUUCAGCGGGAUCUGACUGAGAUAGUGGCUGUCAAAGAGAAAGAAGUUGGCAUCACAGAAGAAGAAGGAGAUUUAAGGCUGGAGACGGAACUGUUGCGGACAGAAAUCUACCGGCUCCAACAGAGCUUGGAUAGCUUGCGGACCGAUAAAGAAAAAGAAGCUCAGGCUUCUCUUCGAGUGAACCAAGUCACAAACAAAUGGCUAACGAAGACGGUGGAACAACUUCAAACAGAAUUCAGGGAGCUUGCAAGAACCUUAAACAUCUCAGCUGCUCUAAACCGAUGUCACACAUUCGAGUCAAACAUUGCGCUUCUCAAGUCUGAUUUCGGCGCGCUCCGAAGGGAAGCUGAAGCACUUCAAACGCUACAUCUGAAGGACGCAGCUUCAGUAGACCAGCUUCAAGCAGAAGUCAAGGAUUUGAGAAGUCUGUCUCAAACGCUUUCUGUUAACUAUCAGCAUAUUUCUGAGGAGGUCACCUCACUUAAAGAUGAACUAGCGAUUCAAGCAGCUAACCAUGACCGAGCUUCUUCAACCCAGGAAAAGAAGAAAAGAGUUACCAGGGAAAUUAUUUUAAAAGACAAUAGAUUGUAUGCAGAAGAAGAACACCGUUUCAACAAGCGUGGAAAAUCACGCCGUUCACGUCACCAAAAACUCAUGAAGAUGGAGGUAACCAUGAUGCAGCGAGCGAUGAAGGCAAUAGAGAAUAAACAAGCCAAAGCUCAACGAGAGAUUCAGUGGAUGAAACAAAACUUCACAACACUGAAGUCUACCUUUAACAACGUUUCUAACAAUACAAACUUCCUUGAAACCCAAACUACAAAUCUCAAAAACCAGCAGCUCGUUCUAGCUAAGCAGGUGAAAGAGUCAAAAGGCAUAAGUCAAGACCUGGACCAUGAGAUCCGCUACACUAAAAACAAGCUCCGAAAUAUCUCACAGGCGGUGGUGGUAAUUGAUAAGCUUCAUUCCUCCACUCUUAAGCUUUUCGAAGCUCUCGAAGUUAUGGAAGAUCGAUUUGACAAAAGCAUACGAGAUCUCCAGAAAGAAGUUUCCAAGUCUGACUUCAACCUUGCUCAGGUGCAAUCUUCUUUCGAAAUCCUUCGAGGAGACCAGAAUGAUCACUACGAGACACUUAAAAUAUUGAAAAAGAAUUACUCUGUUCUGAAAAUAGAGGUCCAAAGAGAUCAUUUUAAGCUCUUAUCUGUUCAAAAUGAGAUUCUCAAUCGCUCUUUGCAAGAAUGUAAAGCCAGCAACGAAGAGCUUAUAAAGGAGAUGAAGCUGGAAAACAUUGAUCAUAAGGUUGGAAAACUACAAACACAAAUUAAUAAUAACCGGCUCAAAGUAGACGAUUUGUAUAAUCAGUUCAAAACAAAAAAGGAAAACAUUUUUCUUUCUACUUGGGAAAAACGCCAUGAAGAGGUGAAAAAAGAAAUACAUAAUAUCUCAACAUCAAUACCUCAGCUACAAUCCUACUUCUCCGACUUAAAGCAUGAAAUUUCAAAAUUCGUGAAUGUAUUACCACAAGAUUGUUCCAUGAAACAAAUAACCAUGCAACCAAUAGAGUACAAGAGUGGCGUGUAUCUGAUCCACCCCAAAAGCACAGAAUCCGCCUUUCCUGCAUAUUGCGAUAUGGUCACAGACGGUGGACGUUGGACAGUGAUCCAGAGAAGAGAAGACGGAUCAGAGGAUUUUUACCGACCCUGGGAGGACUAUAAGCGUGGAUUCGGAAACAAAUCAGGAGAACACUGGCUAGGAAAUGAGGUCAUCCACCAUUUAACCAGUACGGACAAUUACACUUUACGAGUGGACAUGUGGGAUACGUUUGGUCACUAUAAAUUCGCCGAGUACAAUUUAUUUUACGUGGGUAGUGAAACUGAUAAUUAUCGUCUGGUAAUUAGUGGCUAUGUUGGAAACGCCAGUAACGCAAUGGAAGAUCACAAUGAAAUGCCUUUCAGUACCAAAGAUCGCGAUAAUGACGCGAGUAGCACUCACUGCGCAAUGUACUAUUCAAGUGGUUGGUGGUAUAAUCACUGUCAGUACGCCAAUAUUAAUGGCAGAUAUGAUACUGGGCUUACGUGGUACGACAUUGACCACCACGAGUGGGUACAAUUGAGAAAAGUCGAAAUGAAACUACGACCCUCGAAUUUAAAACGUUAUACAGAUAAAUAACUAUAGGAAAAUACAUUUAAAGUCAAACAACAUAGGUGUAUUCUCUAUAAUUAUUAGGCUUAAUGUGAACUUGGGCGUUUCACACUAAUUUUUCCCAAGAAUACAAAUUAGUCAUGAUCCUAUAUAAAUGUGCAAGUUUCAUUUACGUGGCCACAGGUUUCAAAACUACGUGCUUUAAGACACACCCUUUCAGAACCUAGGGAAAACGCCGAACUUAAUUUUGUUUUUGUUUUUUUUCUUUUAUAAACAACGUGUUUUUGAAGGUGCUUUUAAAGUUUUGAGACUUAGUCAUUGUAUAUAGAAACUUAUUAAUACGAAUGUUUCAGUCAUUUACUGAAGUUCCUCUUAAAUGUGUGAAAUUCUAAUUGGAAUUCAGCACUUUUGUAUUGAUAUUUUUAACACUAAUAUUGAUUAUUGAUACCAUUUUUAUUCGGAAAAGCAACAAAAGAAAACUCGCGUGGUAUUGUAGUUUAAUGACUUAGCCUACACAGAUCGCAUGUUAAUAAAAGGCGUGUAAUACAUUCCGAACUCUCAAGAAAAAGCAAAACAAAAAGUGUAUACUCGUGAUAAUGAUCUCCAGGGAAAAUACUUUUGUAGCUUCUCUUUUUGGCUUUUAAAUGUUAGUGUUUUAAAGAACUGACUUUCUAUAAUUUCUAAUGAAAAUAAUUCGUGAUCUAUUUAAUAUGAGUUGGCAUAUUGUGUCGUUUUAUAAUUGUAAAGAGAUAGUUGUAAAUAAUUUAUAAUUAUAUAAAUUUCAUGUUCUUAGGUGUUGUUACACAAUAGAAGUACCGAAGUAUUAAGUGUUUUUUUGUACUCUGUUCUUCGUAUUUAAAAAUCACGAUUCUCGAGUUUUACGCCGUGAAUUGAGUAUCAUCGAUCGAUUCGAAUAAUAAAAUACUCAGAAGUUAUCUGAUGAUGCCGGGUAAACACCGGUGAAACUUU